AUGGUUACGUUAGUAGCAAAACGAAGAAGGAGAAGUGGACGGCGACUGCGAACAAGAGAAGCUGAAUACGAAGAAGGAGAAGAAGCGAUUGCAACGAAGAGGAAGCAUAUACGAUUGAAGACGAAGGCACUAUACCAGGUGAGCAUGGACGAAAUCCUGGAACUGAAAAUUCACCAUGGUGGUCAUUUUGUUGACUCUGAUUUUAGUGUGUACGAGGGAGGCGUGGUUGAUAAUUUGAAAGUAGAUGCUGAUAAGUGGAGUUAUUUUGAGUUAGUAGGUGUUUUGAAAGACUUAGGUUAUAGGGACUUUGAGAAAAUGUAUUACAAGGAUCCCCAAUUAGGUAUGAAUUUGCUAGUUGAUGACACAAGUGCUUUAGAAAUUGCAGACCUCUACAGGAUGCACCAAAGUGUUGACAUUUACAUUGAACACACAUUGUCUCAACCUGAUUUUUAUGAUGGACCAGUGGAUGAUGUUGUUGUUGAGCCUGUAGAUGAGGUUGAAAAGUUUCUUAAUCAGUUACAUGAUGAAAUAGUUGAUAAAUUGGAUCAGAUGAAUGCUGACAAUGUUGGUGUGGAAGAAGGGGAAGUUGGGUUGAAUGGUGAUAAUGUUGUAGAAGAAGGGGAAGUUGGGUUGAAUGGUGAUAAUGUUGUAGAAGAAGGAGAAGUUGGUUUGAAUGGUGGAAAUGUUGCUGUUGAAGAAGGAGUUGGUAAUAUAACUGGAGGAAAUAUUGAUGGCCAGUCAAACAACAUGGGUGAGGUUCAUGAUGAAAGUGAUGAUGAUAGUGAGGAUGAGAACUUUCAGUAUGAUAGUGCCCUUGAGGUAUCAUUUGAGGAUGAAUCUGAUGAUUAUGAUGACAUAGAUGAAGAUGAACUUGCUGAUCUCAUUUCAUAUGACAGUGAUGGAAAGUCUAGUGGGAAAAAGAAGCACAUGAAAGAUACAGGAGAGUGUAAAGGGAGUGAUAAUGACAGUGAUGAUCUUCAAAGUGGCUGUGAUAGUGAUGAUAGUAGUGGAAUUAAUAGGAAGAAGUACCCACUUUACAAAGAAAAGAAAGAUAUGUCCAACCACAAAUGGGAGCUUGGUAUGUAUUUCACUUCCAAGAGUGACAUUAAGGAUGCAGUGAUAUCAUAUGCUGUGCAGAAUGGUAGAGAUCUGAAGUUCAUAAAGAAUGACAAGAAAAGAGUAAGGUUAAGAUGUAAGGAUGGCUGUCAAUGGGAGCUCUACUGUAGCAAGUUACCAAAUGAGGAUUCUUGGCAAGUAAGAAAGAUAAUUGAUGAACAUAAUUGUAGUAGGGAGUACAAUGUGAAGUUGCUAUCUACAAAGUGGUUGAGCAAGAGAAUUCAGAACUCAUUGAAAAACAAUCCUAGGUUGAAGGUUAAGGAUAUAAAAGAAAAGGCUUUGAGAAAGUGGAAUGUGGGGAUAAACAAGACCAAGGCAAUAAGAGCAAGAGUGACUGCCAGGGAUAAGGUUGAUGGGUCAUUUUUGGGGGAUUACAAUAGGAUAUAUGGCUAUUGUCAUGAAUUGUUGAAAGCAAAUCCAGGAUCUACAAUUAAGAUGAAUGUGGACCCUGUUCUUGAAGGUGUUGAUGACCAAAGACCAUAUUUUAAAAGGCUAUACAUUUGUUAUGCAGCUUGUAAAGAAAGCUUCAAAUUAAGUAGAUAUGUUAUAGGAUUGGAUGGCUGCUUUCUGAAGGGACUCUGUGAGGGCCAAAUUCUGGCAGAUAUAGGAAGGGAUCCUAAUGAUCAAAUGCUUCCUAUAGCAUAUGCUGUGGUGGAAAGUGAAAAUAAGGAUAGCUGGACUUGGUUUUUGGAGUUGUUGAUUGCUGACUUAGGAGGUGCUAAUGAGUGUCUAACCUACACUUUCAUUUCAGACCAACAAAAGAUAAUGUACAACUUCCUCAUUGGGCUAUUACCUGCAAUGGAUGAGUUGUUGCCCAAUGUGGAACAAAGAUUUUGUGUCAGACACUUGUAUAAUAAUUUUAGGAAAAGAUUUCCUGGAAAGAUGUUGAAGGAAGUUAUCUGGAAGGCAGCAAAGUCAACAUAUGCUCAAGCUUGGGAAAGAGAGAUGAAAAGAAUGAGAUUGGCCAAUGCAGAAGCAUAUCUCCAUAUGAUGAAGAAUCCACUAAGGUUUUGUAGUAGAUCCUAUUUUAGGACAACCAACAAAUGUGAUGUUGUGCUCAACAACAUGUGUGAGUCAUUUAACAGUGUAAUUCUUGACUCUAGAGGAAAACCACUUGUGACAAUGCUUGAAGAGAUCAGAACUUACCUCAUGGAGAGAUGGGCAAAAAACAGAAUGAGGUUCCAAGAUGUAUCUGGUAAUGAGAUUUUACCCAACAUUAGAAAAAAACUGGAAAUAACUAGUAAUUUUACCAACAUGUGGCUUGUAAGAAUGGCAGAUGAGCAUAUAUUUAAAGUGAGGCAUUUGGAAAACCCAGCUGAGACAUUCAGUGUGAAUCUGAAGGAUUUGCGUUGCUCAUGUAGAAGAUGGGAGCUAACAGGUCUCCCUUGUGUCCAUGCAAUGGCAUCCAUGAAGAGUAGGAAUUUUAAGGUUGAUGAUUACAUUCCUGACUACUAUAGGGUUUCUGCUUACAAGGCAGUAUACAAGCAUGUUCUCUACCCGGUGAAUGGGUCUAAUUUGUGGGUCAGGACUCCAUAUCUAGAUGUUCAGCCACCUAAGUAUAGGAAAAUGCCUGAUAGACCAAAGAGACGAAGAAAUCUUGAGCAAUGA